AUGGAUGUAACCUUUUUUGAGAAUCAGCCAUAUUACCCCAAAGUUGGCAUUCAGGGGGAGAACACACAUCCAAUUGAAGUGGUAGAAUCCCAACUUUUGGAACUUGAGCUAACUGAACCCAAACUCACUGCAGAGGCAUCAAAACCUACACCUGAACCAAAUGAAAAUGCAACAGAAACUGCAGAACUUACAUGUGGACCAGAAGAAACUACGUUAGAAAAUACAGAGGAAAUUGCAGUAGAAACUGCAGCCCCUACAACAGAAACUGCAGCCCCUACAACAGAAACUGCACCAGGAAACAACAUGAAAGUGUACUCCAGGAAGAACAUGAAGGGAAUAGAGUCCUGCACAACUCCAAGGCAGAACCAAGAAACCUCCAAGACUCCAGAAAAUGGCGUUCCCUCAGGUAAUACUGCUCCUAACUCUGUGAAUGUUGAUAUUGAUAUUCCUAUUGCGUUGAGAAAAAAUGUAAGAUCCUGUACCAAACAUCUCAUUGAAAGAUUUGUAUCUUAUGGAAAAUUGUCCCAAAGUUACAAGACUUUUGUAACAGCUCUUGACAAUACACAUAUUCCAAGCAACAUCCAUGAGGCACUCCAAAAUUCUGAAUGGGCAGCAGCUGUAACGGAAGAGGUUCAGGCCUUAAUUAAGAAUGGCACUUGGGAAAUCACAAGCCUACCUGCAGGGAAGAAGCCGAAUCGUUACUACAUUUCUCCAGAUGUAACAUUCUUCGAAGAAAAGUUUUACUUCUCACCAUCCAGAGUUGACUCCCAUACUACUCAAGAAGUUUUUUCAAUUCCUUAUCUUGGUCCAUCACCUUCCCUUGUCCCAGAAUCAGUUUUGACUACUAAUAUUUCUGAAAAUUCUCCUCUUGAGCAAUUUCAAAGAUCACCCAUCGUAUACCAACGUCGUCCACGUGUUGCUAAUACAGAAUUGAAAGGCACUGAAAGACGAUAUGAAUCAUGUCCUGCACCAACAAAUGACCCUACUACAAACCUUCAUGAAGAAAAUCUUGAAUUGCCUAUGGCUCUUCGAACAGAUCAGCUGAGUGCAAAUCACUCGAUAGUCCUGUUCAUCCUUGAUUCCUCGUCCCUUCCAAGUCUAUCAUUGUCGGAAGCCUCCAUCUUAAACACACAUGCUUCCACCUUAGCAUCAGUGCCUCCACUUACACCUCUUGUGGACUCUUCUUUGCCUAAACUCCUCCCCGUGCUCCAACUUAGGCCUGCUAUAUUUUACUACACUCUUCUUGUUGCACUUUAUGGUCUACCUGUGAGUUUCAAAAUUUACCAAGACUGUUGGCCCUUGCUAGAGAAUCAGUUUAAGCAUGCUAUAAAAGAGAAUUAUCAGAAUCACUCUCACAAGUUUAAUCCUGAACUCAAUGCAAGACAGGUAAGAAGUCUGUUAGAAAUGUUUCGUGCAUUGGAUGUACCGACAAUUGUACCCAGACAUCCUGGCUUGAAUGAAAUACACUCUGCCUCAAUGUUGCAACUUCCACCAAGGAAUGGUGUGUUUCAUCAGACAUCAGGGGCAUGUCUUUCUGGAGAUUCAUAUUUGUCUAGGAUGUUUCCUACUCACGCUUCUAAGCUGAUGAGCCAUAGAUAUCUAAAUGGACUUGAGGAGCCUACUGGCUGGUCUGGAUCCAUUGCCACUCAGUCUUAUCCAUCCCAAGCUUCAAGAAAUCAGAUCCUUGCACUAGCUCAUGCUAAUACUCCAGAGGGAGCUUAUGAAACUAGGACUGUCAGCAGUCAUACUCCAUCACUGCCAUAUCCUCAAUACGCACAUGAGAAUUUCCUUAACCCGCAAGCUGAGUUUCAUUCAUUCCUCAGAAACGACAGUGGCCAUGCUCAGUCAAUGCAUAAUUCUCAGCGUGCACAGCUUAAUGUUUUACAUUCACAACCUGAAUUUUAUUCUUCCAUGAUGACUAUGGGUAGAAAUCAUACUCAACCCCUGCAACAUUCCCAACAUCAACAUCUCAAUGUCGUCCAUACACGGGCUCAAUUUCAUUCUUCCACAGUGACUGUGGGUAGUAUAAAUAGUCAUGAUCAAUCUCUGCAAUAUUCUCAACAGGCACACCUUAAUCAUAAUGUCUUACUUCCGCCACAUGAGUUUCAUUCUUCUAUGAUGACGGGCAGCAGUUAUACCCAAUCACUGCAAGAUUCUCCACCACCACCUGGUUUUGAGCCCCCAGUGGAAAAUGUGAGCCGCAGUCAUGCCCAAAUGCCGUGGGAUCCUCACAGUACUCAUCAGAAUAUCCAAAACCCGCAACCUGACUAUUAUUCCUCUGCAACAAAUGUGAGCAGCAGUUAUGGUCAAUCAUUUCUUGGUGCUCAGCACACAUAUCUGGAAGCUCAAAAUCGACAGCCUGAUUACGGUUCAUCGGUGAAUAUGAACCAUACCAAUGUCGUGAUGCAAUCACAUGCUACAUCUCCAUAUGUUCCUCAACAUGUUAUAUCCACCACAUAUUCUGUUCAAGGGUCUGGAGUGGACCCAUACAAGAGGUGA